AUGAGCCAAUACGAUAAAGAGAUUUACGAGAAUGGGUACACUUAUUCGUGUGCAGAGUGCACUAAUAAUCAUCCAUGCUUUUCAGGGUUGGGUGUGUUUAAUGGGAAUGGUCUACCCUAUGAAGCAUACCUUCGCGCAAAGAAUAGAAAUGAAGAGUUGCGUGAGAGAAUCAAACAGAUUCACUUUGAAACAAGCCCAAAGCAUCGUAAACAGUCUUCAUCAUCACUCUCUUUAGAUCAACAAAAGUAUGUCAAUGGAUCGUCAUCGUCAUCGUCAUCAUCAUCAUCCUCUGAUUAUAGUAAAAAACCAUAUAAUCAAACACCUAGACAGUUUGGACCAAACUCUUCGGGAUAUGAUCAAAGUCUUUAUAAAAGAGAUAAUAUUUGGGAUACUGCUAAUCGUGAAACACUCAAUAAACUGGCAAGAGAUGUUGCACACCAAAAGGCAGAAUCUGCAGACGACUGGAACAAAUCGUUGAAUGCUAGAUUAUUGGCCGAUGAUCAUGCAACUGGAAAGUAUGGUGCUACAGAUGCCCGACACGUCAAAGCACAAGAGUAUGCAGAGAAAAAGAUGUAUCAGGCCGAUCCCAACCACACCUACAAACCCAACUAUAACCCAACAACCGAUAAUCCAGUUCGAAACGAUCCUUCCUACGAUCAUGGUAACCAUUGGGAUCAGUUGUCUGCCCAUGUCUAUGAUACGCUUCACCAAUUCGAUGGUAUAACCUAUGAUACCAAUGAAUCAAAAGAUGACAACAAAUAG